AUGGCCGUUGGACCGACGGAGGGCAAGCAACCUCCCACAGAAACAUUUUCGCCUACACAUCAGAUUAUAGCACCCAGUCCCAUAUUGGCAGUGCCAACGCUCGCCUUCUCCGCCGCACAAGUGGAAAUUGUCUGCAAAACGCUGGAGGAUUCCGGGGACAUAGAGCGUUUAGCGCGCUUCCUCUGGAGUCUACCGGUGGCCUUGCCGAAUAUGCACGAGAUAUUAAAUUGUGAAGCAGUACUCAGAGCGCGAGCGGUUGUCGCCUAUCAUGUCGGAAAUUUCAGAAUACAACAUAAUCAAAACAAUUCCGGCCUGCUUUGUCGUAGUCGACGACCGGAAGGAGCUCCUUCACCAAUAGCAUCGGACACAUCAGAUUCAGACAUUUCAUUGGGCACCCACUCACCUGUUCCUAGUAGUAUUCAACUACAGCACAGUCCGGGUUCUACAUCGAAUGGCGCUAACGAUCGUGAAGAGAGUCUCAGCAUUGAUGGUGAUAAACCACGCGACUUGGCCACCUCUUUAUCAGCUAGCAAUUUGGUAGCAGCAUCCAGUUAUGCUACAACCGCACCGCUAUCCACCUGCUUGCCAGCCUUCAAAUUGGACACAGCCACCAGUCUCUUCAAUGCCGGUUGUUAUUUGCAAAGUUUUAGCAACCUCAAGGAAAUGUCCCAACAAUUCCCGAUACAACCCAUCGUCAUCAGACCACAACCACAUUUACCGGCACAGGCGCAUGGCUUAAAUGGCAGCCAUCUGCAUGCCGCCGUUAACUAUCCGCCACCACCUGCAUACGCGGUGGAUUGCACACCACCGAAAAUACGCGUCAAUUCUCCAGAAAAGCUCAACUCCACGGCCAACAGUAUAGCGGCGACCCUGAGUACGGUGGCCGCCUUACAGGACACUUCGGUGUAUCAGCAUCAUCACCAUAGCGCUCAGAUGUUGCAUCGACCAUUCUCAACGUCGCCAGAAAUACCACACAAUAAUCACAACGCUGCACCAUCAGAGAUCACAUGAUACACCAACCGUAGACACCUAAACAAGUACUAAAACUCGACACCAGUAAAAGUAGUAGAUAUGCGCAUUUGGAUCCGCGUCUAAACUAUGUGUUUAGUGUUGAAGAAAUUCGGGAUGUUCGAAAAUCGCUUCCUACUCCUAUUUCCAACCUUCAUCACGUUGCACAUUAGGUCAAAAGAUUACUUUUUCUGUGCGAAAUUAAUAGCGGCUAAAAUAUUGCAUUAUUUUAAUGUAA